UCUCUCCGUGGGCGUGGCGUCGUAAAUACGCGACACACCGUAGUGAGCCGAGAGAGCGGAGUAGAGAGCUGUCAGGAAAACCCCGCAGGAGAAGAUGGUCAGCUAAACAAGUUCUCCUGAAAUAUCACACUACUCCAGCCAGGCGCUGCUCGUCCGAACAUCACACUGAUAUUCCCUUGACGUGUUUUCAGCAUCGUAUGUAACACCCACAAGAGGAUCCAUGUCUUUUCUUCGUUGGGUAUCUGAGAAAUUGAGUGUGGAGAGCCUGCGGGAUUUGGAGUUAUUUGGAGAGCAAGCUCAGGGACUCUCUCACAGGAAAGCCCAUGAGAACAGUCAGGAGAGUCUGAGCUCCCUCCCUCGUCGGGACACCAUGGGCAGCUUCCUCCCUGACGGCAGCUCAUAUGAGGUCCUCACCGUUAUUGGCCGGGGCUUGGAGGAAUUGAUGACCGUGAACCUGGCUCGAUACAGACCCACGGGGGAGCACGUAGCUAUCCGACGGAUUGACAUGGAGUCGUGCACUAAUGACAUGGUUGCCUACCUGCAGAGCGAACUUCACGUGUCAAAGUUGUUCCACCACCCGAGUAUUCUUCCCUACAAGAGUGUCUUUAUAGCUGAAAAUGAACUGUGGGUCAUCACUCCCUUCAUGGCUUAUGGUUCAGCCAGAGAUCUGAUCUGCUCACAUUUCACUGAUGGAAUGACUGAGCUGACCAUCUCAUACAUUCUGCUGGGCAUGCUGAAAGCUCUGGAGUACAUCCACCACAUGGGAUAUGUACACCGGAGUGUGAAGGCCAGCCACGUGUUGAUCUCAGCGGAUGGACAGGUUUGCAUGUCGGGGCUGCGGAGUAUCUUCAGUCUGAUCCGUCAUGGUCAGAGAGCCAGAGUUGUUCACGAUUUUCCUCAGUACAGCAACAAGGUGCUUCCCUGGCUCAGCCCUGAAGUGCUCCAACAGAACCUGGAAGGCUAUGACUCUCGGUCGGACAUUUACAGCCUCGGCAUCACAGCCUGUGAACUGGCAAAUGGACAUGUUCCCUUUAAAGACAUGCCAGCUACACAGAUGUUGCUGGAGAAGCUAAAUGGGACAGUGCCAUGUUUGCUGGACACCACCACUAUUCCACCAGAGGAGCUGUCCAUGAAACCGUCCCGCUCUGGGGCCGACUCUGGGAUCUGCGAGUGCCCUGGAGCCGGAGGGGUCAGGAGCUCCAACGGAGACCAUUCCUCCUCGUCAGCCGGGCACCCAUACAACAGAACCUUCUCCACGAACUUCCACGCCUUUGUUGAGCUGUGUCUACAGCGGGACUCAGAAAGGAGGCCGUCUGCCGCGACUCUCAUAGGUCACCCCUUCUUCAAACAGAUCAAACGGCGGCCCUCAGAGGCGCUGCCUGAGCUGCUGCGGCCUGUGACGCCCAUCACCAGCUUUGGGAACAUCCAGCCAGAGGACUCUCAGUCUGGACUGGCCGGUCUGGAGUCGGGUCUCAGCCACCUGGAGGUCGACGACUGGGACUUCUGACGGUGGAGGACUCAGUGGGGAGACACUUGUAGGAUUGUGAUGGGAAACGCUCGCACACAGGACGAGAAUAGUUUUUGUUAUGAUCCCCUUGUAAAUAACACAAAUUUCAAACUGAAAGGAGUCGAUGUUCUCAGAGGUUAAUAGCCAGCAGCCAUCUUGCCUCUUUUUGGAGUUUCUUGCACGCUUUUGUUCUCUAGAUAUGCACAGACUCUUGCACUGCACUGGUUGCCUCUCGCUCUGUCUUUCAACACACACAACUGUUUACAGAUUGUACUCUCUCAUAACAAUGCUCCCCCGGAGUACAGGACUCCUCAUGCUGUUGCUGAUAUGUCAGCGAAGGGUUUAUGGAUGUAGAUAUGACCAAAACCCAAAGACUCUCAUAAAAUGUACCAGUGAAGGGAAGCUGCUUCUAAAUAUUCAGAGGGGACUCUCUACCUCUUGUUGGAACAUGGCCCCUGGAUGUUGCCCAUCUGCCCAGUGAGACCAACAUAAGAACACACCAGUCUUCACAGCUGACUCAGUUAGACCACUACACCAGAUGGAAAGCUUCAACCGUCGGCAUGUAUAUGCAUUUCUGCAUUUCUUCGCUCUUUGCCUGUGUUACAGUGUAAACCACAUCUCAUGCUUUACGCAUCACUUUGCUGCACAACGGUCAAAGUAUAACACCGGUUCAGUUCAACCGUCAGAGCACAGACGUAUGUAUUUCCUCAAAUUUACUCUGGGCGUGAUGUUACUUAUGUCAAUUAUGAAUGUUACGUUGGUGCUUGUUUUGUCUGCAUGUGUUUGACAGUGAGGACAAAGCAACAUGUUGAAAAUGUUAAACUUCAACAAUAAACAUUGUUCACUUUAAA